AUGGCGAAUGAAGGAAGUAAUCAUCAUGGGGUUGUUGCAGUGAUCCAAGGAGAGAUAGAGGAUGAGGUAGACGCCGGCGUGGAGAUAUUUGGGACGUCGCAGGCGCUUGGCGCCGCUGCUGUCCAGGCGCUGGGCGCCUUUACUGAUCACGCAAGGAGGUGUGCAGCCCACGUG